AUGCUGUUCAACCGCCUCGUCAGUCAAGUUGUAGAACCUAACGUGGCGGAAGAGCGGUGUGGAUUCCGUUCGGGUCGCAGCGCUAUAGAUAUGGUGUUUGCGGCUCGUCAGUUGCAGGAGAAGUGCAGAGAACGACACAAACCGUUGUACGCGGUAUUUGUUGCUUUCACCAAGGCAUUUGAUACGGUGAACCGCAAGACAUUGUGGCUUGUGUUGGGUAAGUUUGGUUGCCCGCGUAAGUUUGUAAGUUUAAUUGAAUGUCUGCACAGUGAUAUGCGAGCGAGGGUGCAGCUGAGUGGAGAGACCUCGGGUGACUUUGCAGUUAUCCUUAGUGUGAAGCAAGACCGUGUCUUAGCUCCUGCCCUGUUUGAUAUGAAUCUUAAUUCAAUGAUGUCUUGUGCUUUUGAAGCGACUUGUGCUUACGGUGUUCGUGUGGAGCCCCGUAUUGAUGGUGAGUCGCCGAACAUCCGUCGUUUCGGUGCGAGAACGCUAGUCUGUGAGACAACUAUCCGUAUGUUGCUGUUCACUGACGACUGUGCGUUGUUUGCACACAGCGCGGAUGAGUUGCACCACAUGACUAGUGCUCUGGCUUCGACAGCGGCCAACUUCGGGCUCACCAUCAACACCAGCCAAACUGUCUGUCACUUUCAGCCCUCACCGGAGGUGCAAUCUUCACUAUUGCCGCGAAUCAGCAUUGGUGCUGAAGUACUGGAUACCAUCUCCCGCUUCUGCUACCUUGGGAGUGUGAUGUUGACUGGUCAGCAGAUGCACAGUGAGCUGCGUAUCGGCGUGUCGAAUGCAGCGGCGGCAUUAGGGAAGCUAGAGUACGGAGUGUGGAACAACCAUCAGCAUACCGUUGGCACGAAGAUGAUGGUGCACAAAUCCAUCGUGCUGUCUGUUAUUCUAUACGGCAGUGAAAGGUGGACGACGUACCGGCCAGAUGUUCAAUAUCUCGAGCGGUUCCAUCAGCAGUGUUUGCGACGGAUUUUGCGCAUCGGAUGGGGCUACAGAGUUGCGGACACGGUAGUGUUGCGUCGAAGUGGAAUGUAUGCAGUGGAUUGCAUACUUUUGCUGAGACACCUGAGGUGGCUCGAUCAUGUGAGGAUUCGAUGCGGAUACCGAAACGACCCUUGUAUGGUCAGCUACCUAUUGGGAAGUGGCUUGUGGAGAAACCAAAAUUAUAUUACCAGGAAAUGA